GUGAACGCUUCACGGGACCCACUCCAGGUCGUCUCUCCCAUCUACGGCGCAACAACUCGCUCCUCACUUCGCACGAUGCAAAUUAUUACUACCCUUGUCAUGGCUGCGCUCCUUGCGUCUUCAUCAAGCGCAACACCAUUCUCUUCGGUGCUUCGCCGCCAGGACAACAUUGCCCUAACGCAAAGCCCGCUUGUCGAGUCGAUGCCCUUCUACAAAGCCUUUCUGACCGAUCAAGGCGAAGAUGAGUCGAUCGGAUAUUGUGACCGUUCAAAGUACCAGUUUGGCGUCACGGUCCAGCAGAAGGACCUCCUCGACAACACAACUUUUCGCUUUGUGCUUGGCCAGCCUCGCUACGGGUCACAAGGCCCUUUUCUCGAUGGGAACAAGAUCUUUGUAGACCACACGUACAAUACCUCGCAAGCCCUAAAGGACAGGCAGUCCACCGGCGGAACACUAGCUAUCGACACGCUCUUCUUCCCACUGUACUCGGACGCAGGCUCAGCGGAUGAGCAAAAGAAGCUUCGCAGCGAGCCUUGGGCACUGAGCACCGACAAUACAACGGAGGGAUAUGUCUUGGCUGGCCAGUACGCAGUAGCGGCAUUCGUCUUCAGCCCGUCUUUUUUUACAAAUGGCUCCACAGGCGGCCUGCCGUCUCCGCUUGUGAGCAACGUGUCCUUCAGCAACCGUGACUGUACGCAGUCGUUUCUGGGCAAGAGCGAUGGGGCUGCCACGGGUCUUCCGCCCUCCGCCCUCGCCACUGUCCUUACAGUGGCCGGCAUGAGCACCGCAGCCGUUGCGCUCCAUCUCCUGUAACACAACCAUCUUUCAUGAAAGAGCUACAAUAUCAGAGUCUCGAUGUAAGGUUGUACUAUGCCGAGAA